AUGAGCUUCCCCGGACUUCCUGCUCUGCCGCUGUUUCUUGAGCGACCUGGCAAGCCUCCCGUUCCGUGGAGUCAAUGGCGGCGGAUGUUCGAUAAUUAUAUGCUUGCCAUCGACGCAGUAUCCUACAAGCCCGAUCGUCAAAAGGCAAUGCUCCUUCAUGCUCUUCGGACAGAAGGACAAAUAAUUUUCUGCACGUUGUCAGUUGCUGCCGUACCGUCGGAACAAAGCAGCGGAGACUCCACCACAGCCACAGUAAAUGUGUAUAUAGAAGCUUUGGCAACACUUGAAAAGCAGCGUGCCGAGAGUUAUAACGUUAUGGUGGAGCACAGGAACUUCCGUCAGCGUUCACAGCUGCCGGACGAAAGUAUCGAGGAAUACGUGACUGCUCUUCGAGGUCUCGCCAUCACCUGCAAUUCCGGGACCAUGCUUGACGAAACUCUACGGGACCAACUUGUGGACACAGGGGUGGCAUCCAAUGCCCUCCUCCCCCAAGUACGCGAGCGACUUCUACUGGAAGGAUCAGCACUUACUUUGGAAAGGGCUACACAGAUCGCGAGUCAUGUUGAGCAGAGCCGCAAGGAAGCCCAGCGGAUCUUGCAGGAGAAUACAGCUGCGGUUGACAAAGUGUUCAAGAAGCCGUUCAAGAGAUCGGCUGGCAAGCCCGCAGCUCCCAAGCCCGCAGCUCCCAAGCCCCAAGCUCAAAGGAAGAAUGCAACUACUUGCUUUCGUUGUGGUUCAGCGUAUCACCUGGCCAACUUGCAGGAAUGCAAAGCCAGGUACAAAGAAUGUUUUAAGUGCAAGAAAAUUGUGCAUUUCGGAGCCUCCACAUACGCCGAGAAGUUCACCCUGCAGCCUGCGUCAAUCGAACUUCACGACUAUUCGAGGAAAGAGAUCCCAGUGCGAGGGUGCGUCAUCCCACCUGUCAAGUACAAGACAUGUAGCGCGACCCUUCUCUUUUACGUCGUACAUCAUGGAACGACGCUAUUGGGGCUCGACGCAGUUGCUGCGCUAGACUUGCGGAUUGACGGGGCACUCUUACAGUGCCUGGAGACAGCAGUUACAACCGGUGCUAGCGAGCGAAUAGCAAAGUGCGAGUUUGCGAACCUGUUUUCACCGGAGCUGGGCCACGAGCACAAAGUCAAAGUACGGACAGACGUGCAACCUACAACUACUAAGCUUCGAAGGCUAUCCCUACAGAUACGUGACGAUGUGUCUAAAGAACUAAAGAAACUGCUGAAUAUGGACGUCAUUGAGUCUACUGAUGCAUCGCCGUGGGUAUCGCCACUUGUCGUGGCCAAGAAAAAGGAUGGUCGGAUCAGGCUAUGCGUAGAUCUGCGGGCGCCUAACAAAGCUAUCGUGCCAGAUUGCUACUCGUUGCCGAAUAUGGAAGAGCUGCUGAACAAGUUAUCCGGUGCAAAGAUAUUUUCCAAGUCGGACUCAACAGUAGCAUACCACCAGCUUUUACUUACCGAAGAGAGCAGAGAUCUCACUGCGUUUAUAACGCACGAAGGGCUAUUCCGGUACAAGAUAUUGUGCUUCGGGCUGGCCUCCGCGCCAUCUGCAUUUCAGAAGCUUUCGGCGAAUGUGCUGAAAGGAUGUACAGGGGCGUUACACUAUCAGGACGAUAUCAUCAUAUUUAGGAAGAAUGAAGAAGAGCAUGAACAGAAUCUACGUUCAGUUUUGCAACGGAUCUCUGAUGCAGGGUUACGGUAG